GCCUUCUGCCCCAUCCGCCGCACCCAGUCCCAGAACAGAAAGUGCAAUGGCUUGGUGGGCGGAGUUGCUCAACCUUCUCAAAAGAGCGAAAGUGGACCCUUCCUUCCGCACUUAUUCUGCAACAUCCUUGUCCGCUCGUGAAAUGGCUGGAAGACCGGCUGCUGGUCUAGCGGGGCUACUUGUGCGGCCGCUAGGGGCUAAGGAGCCCGUCGAUCUGGGCUCGCUGCUGGGGAGGGUGCUGCUUGUCUCCAAUGUGGCUUCCCUCUGAGGCACCACGAGCCGGGACUUCACCCAGUUUCGCGAGUUGCAGCAGCGCUUCGGACCUCGAGGGUUCGCCGUGCUCGCCUUCCCAUGCAACCAGUUCGGCCACCAGGAGAAUACCACCAAUGAAGAGAUAUUGAAUUCACUAAAGUAUGUCCGCCCAGGCAAUGGGUAUGAGCCAAAUUUCACUGUGUUUGAAAAGUGCGAGGUGAAUGGUGCAAAUGCUCAUCCACUCUUCAAAUUCCUGAAGGAGGCAUUGCCCUUCCCACAUGAUGAUCCUGUGUCUCUGAUGACCAAUCCGCAGUUCAUAAUUUGGUCUCCUGUGUGCCGCAAUGACAUCGCAUGGAAUUUUGAGAAGUUCCUCAUAGGUCGUGAUGGAGUGCCUUUCAAGCGUUACAGCAGGCAGUUUGAAACCAUCAGGAUCCAGGAUGAUAUUGAAAAGCUGCUUUAGCAAGUCUUCUACAAUCAGCCAGAUUGUCUUCUCUACUUCUGUUUCUAGCUGGGCUUUUUCUUAAUAAUGUUGCCCUAGUUAAGUGUGAUCCUUUUCAUGUAUGCCCCAAAUUAAACUGGAGAAAUCUACAGGAAAGUUGCUUAUACAUCAUAACAGUGAAGUUUGCUUGAACCUGUUUGGAGGCUGUGGUUUAAAUUGAAUUUUGUCCUGUAAUAUGCAAGGUAACUUUAUUACAUGACUGAAGUCUGAUUAUUAUGUAUCUGUCUGCAUAGAUGCACAUUAGAUUUGCUUUGUAUAGUUAAAAUCAUUGUUAAAGUUAUGUAGACUUCAAUCUUAACCACGUGCACUUUAGAAACAUGUCAGUGAACUACUGUGGUUCCCAAGUACAUGUUUAUACAGUGUACUCAAGAUGAGUGUGUACUUCAUAAAUAUUCCAGUUUAGUGGCUAUACAGUGUGGGUCUGUAAUGUACAUUGGUUAAAAUCCUACUGUAUGAAGGAGCGCUCUGUCUCCCCGACUUGGUGCCAUUUUCUGCAUUGCUUACUCUUGGUUUUUCUGCAGUUCAUUAAUUAUUUUCUCUGGCAGUAAGUUUCUAUUCUCCAUCAAAGUUUUAUUUAUGAUGGUGCUUCUUCUAAACACUCGAAGGGCACUUGAUGUAUUUGUAAAAUUUUGUAUGUGAAGUUUGUAGUAAAUUACACCAGGGAAAAUACUUUGGCUAUAAGCAGAUUGAUGUGACAGCUACUAUAUGCCAAUAAAAUGCAUGAAAGACAAA